GUUGGUUCACCUGGCCAUUAUCCACUGUGUCCCAACUGUAGCACUCUGCUGCAUCGCUCAGCUACCCAGGGAGGUGCUGGAGAUCCAGAAUGAUCUUUUCCAGACCCCACUCCACCUUGCUGUGUACUUGGAGCAGCCCAGUGUGAUCCAGGCAUUGAUCCACAAGGGAGUGAACCCUGGUCUGCAGGACCGCAAUGGCAACACCCCUCUGCACCUAGCCUGUGAGCAGCAGCACCUGCAGUGUGCCCAGCAGCUGCUGCAGGGCACAGCCCUACCAGAGGGCACAGCUGAACCCCAUGAGCACCACCAGGACCUGCAGCUCCAGAACUGGCAAGGCUUGGCCUGUCUGCACAUCAGCACCUUGAAGGGGAACAUCCCGAUGAUGUCUCUGCUGCUGGAGAGCGGUGCCAACAUUGAUGUUCGGGAGGGCACGAGUGGGAAGACCCCCUUGCACCUGGCCGUGGAGUGCCACAACCGCAGGGCUGUCCAGUUCCUGCUGCGCAAUGGGGCGUACGUGGAUGCCCAGAUGUACAACGGGUGCACCCCACUCCACCUGGCCGUGGGCCGCAAGGAUGCUGCCAUCGCCGCCAUCCUCUCACACUCCGGCGCUGACACCCUGCUGAGGAACAUGGAGAAUGAGACAGCCCAGGACCUGGCUGAUGGCAACGAUGAUCUCCUCGCCUUGUUGCCCUUUGAUGACCUGAAGAUCUCAGGGAAGCCUGUUGUGUGCUCUGAAUGAGCAACUGGACUCCUUUGGCCCGUUGGGCUGCCUCCUUGCUCUGUGCUGCUGCCCUGCUGCCUGCUGGGACCUUGCCUGCCUGCAGUUCAAUGGGAGCAGAGACACUUUGGGAGACUUAUCCCCACCCCUCUCCUCCUUGGAAAAGUUUUGUUGGCCUCAGACUGCCUUCCGAGAGGGAAGAAGGUGGAAUUAUGAGCACUACACAGGGGAGGCUUUUUUCUUUUAGUAUCUGUGCACUGCAGCAGGACUGAAUUUCCCCUCCCUGCCGUGGGUCUCUAGCAUACCCAGGGAAGGAGCAGAAGACUCCUUUUCACACUGUAGGGUGGACAGAGCAUUCUUUGACACCCCCAAAUGCUAUCAGAAUCAGCGUGGGGUGAGGAGAGUUAACACUCACUCUAAUAAACAUUUGUUGUUGC